AUGAUGGAUUACAAAAGAUCAUUAAGCAACAUUUCAGAAGUUUCUGAAAGAAACGAACAAAGUGAGAAAACUACACCGACAAAUUGCAGUUCUCAAUCCUUUUUUCAUCAGGCACUUGUUUCUAUCUCGGAAGAUGAACAGGACUCUGACUUAUCGCCAAGAUUAUUGCCAAGUAAAACUCGUAUAAGCAGAAAAGAAAGCAAAGAUACAGCAGAUGAAACAUUAAGGUCAGUUGUAUCAAACAAACGCAAAAGCAUAUUUGGUUCAAACCAGGAUUUGGAUCAAUUGGUGUCCUUGCGAAUUAAUGGAGAUAAAUGCUCUUGUACAUGCAUUAUGUUUUAA